AUGAUGAAGGUGCUAAUAUUUCUAGCAGGUGAAAUCUUAUUCCUAGAAAUGCUCCCUGAUUUUACAAAAUAAAAUUUUUUCAGGCUUAAUAGUUGUGCUAACUCAAUGUGAAAGCUUGGAUGAGUUGCGCAAUCGAAUAACCGAUGAAAAACAUGGCUAUAGUCGCAAACAUCGACCAGUUCAUAAAGAAGAAACAAGAAUUGAUGUGGAUGUUUACUUGUCUAUAAGUCAUAUUGAAAGAAUUGAUGAGAAUGAGCAAACUAUGGUGGUUCAUGGCAAAAUGAGUGCCACGUGGAAGGAUGAAUUGUUGAAGUGGAAUGCGGCGGAUUAUAAUGAUACGAAGGUUUUGAAGAUUUCUUCUAGCAAAUUGUGGAUUCCUUCCUUCGCACUUUAUAAUACGUGGGUUUUUUUGAAGCUUGGAAUUUAAAUAUAGAACUAGAAAAACUUCUGAUCUACAGAAUUCAAUAAAUUGUACUGUAGCUGAUUUUUUUUCAUCUCAUUGAGAAUUUUUAGCUACCCUGCUUUUUUGAUCCACGUUGGGUGGCAAGUUCUAGCUGCAUCAAAAUUCUUUUUGCCCACCACCUUGAUAUUUUUUCGAGCCCUUGAAAUCAAGAUAAUUUUCUCCGAGUACAAUUUUUUCUCAAUUCGUUCCCUGAUCUUUAUCUAAAUUUGGAAAUUAAUGUGAUUUUUUUGUGUUAGUUCAAAGCCAAAAACUUUGUUCGCAAGAAAAGAUACGCAUCGCGAAUGCCCUCAUUCGCCCCAAUAUUUUAUCUCAAAACGUUCAUCGGGGUGAAUCGAAAUAGUUUGUAGCCUACAAACUAUUCCCAAUUUCAGAGCUCGAAGCAAUCGCUGGAAUUUGAAUUUCUACGAAAACCCGGCUUCGGUGACCAACGAGGGACAGAUUUAUAUCUUGGGAUCGUUUUCGUUCCACGUCACUUGUCUUUUCGAUUUCACCGCCUGGCCGUUUGACAGUCAACAAUGUCCGAUUCUCAUCACUGAUUGGGUUUAUAGCUAUAAUCAAGUGCAUAUGAAUGAUCCGGAAGGAGAUGAUCCGAGUAAAGAGAAGCCACAACUUCGAUUGAGUUAUGAUCCGAUUAAUGGGCAGAAUAAGAAACAUGUUGGAGGAUGGGAGAUUACAGGUACUUAAAUCAAUGAUUUUUGUGUAGGAGUACCCAGAAAUUUGCAGACACGUGGCGUCGUCACUGCCUCUGGGGAUCCAACGGUUGUCAAGACGAACAAGAUGUCACGGACACUGCACUACACUGGUCACUUCUAGAAUUUGGCAUCAAAUUCAAACGCCAUAUUCCAUAUUUCGGAGUCACCCUCUUCCUUCCAAUGUUCAUUACCACAAUCAUUUUACUCUCCUCAUUCUGGAUUGAUACAUUCAAUGUGUCUCUCGGAAUUUUGAUCUUCAACACAAUUUUGCAAGGUUUGUAUGGUUAUGAGAUGAUUUCGAAAAUGCCGCCUGGAAGUGGAGGAGUUCCGAAGAUUGUGCAGAUUUAUUCGAUGAAUUUGAUGUUGACUGCACUGACUUUUAUUGUUGUUGUGAUUGAGAAGUUCAUCACUGAUAACUUGCCAUCCGAUUAUUCAUUCAAAUUAGGAUUCGAUAUAACGGAAUUGCCUAAGAAGAUCCAUCUCAACAAACUUUUCGAAACCAAAGGUUUAUCUUUCGACCCACAAAGUCUUCUAGAAGGUCCGAAAAAUGAUAUGGAUGUUUUGGAAUCCGGUGGAAUUGGUGUCAACUCAAUUGGCAAUUCAGAACUCUUCGAUACUCGCUCAGGAAGAUCAGUCGAUGAAGAUGUUGUGGUUCUUGAAGAUGCUGACACGAUGGUGGCGAUUAAUCUCCCGGAUAACUCAUCUCCACCACCUGCACCAUCACCAAAACCCACCAAAGAUAUUCCAUCUGGUCCAGGAUUCGGAAAACUUCAACAUCAACUUCAUAUCAUCAAGAGAUCUGUUUUCUUGAUAAUUGUUGUAACUUAUAUUGCGGUUCUUGCGUAUUUCACAUUUUUCUGA